AUCGUAUUUUGAGACUUUCCCUAAAUAAAAGUAAUAGCGGAAGUAGCUCUCACAGAUUUGCAGAAACUAUCGAUCGGUGCAGCAAAGAGGCAGUCAGUCCUCUCAAACACAAUGUCUUUUGAUAAAUUUAAACCAAAGUAUAAAAUACAUGCAGAAACGGAGAAUUAUUUCAAAUUAAGAGCCGAGGCCGGAGCAAAACCUUAUGAUCAACUAACGGUAGAGGAAGCGAGGGAGGGUAAUAUUGCGAACGCUAAAAGGUUUGCUGGCACGACGGAAUUUGAAGGCACCGUGAAAGAAUUCACAGUUCCAUCAAAACAGUGCAGCGAUGGAAUUCCAAUCACAGUAUACAGAUCUAAGCAGUGUGACUUGUGUGUUGCUCCCUCUGUCUUUGUAUACUUCCAUGGAGGGGGAAAUGUGGUGGGAUGUAGACAAACUGUGGACAUUAUCUGCAGAAUCUUCUCCAGAGAUGCCCCUUGUGUGGUGGUCAAUGUAGAAUAUCGUCUUGCUCCGGAACAUAAAUGGCCAGCCAACCACGAAGAUGCCAUUUGUGUUGUCCGCUGGGUGAAAAUGAACAAAGGUCUUUUAGGUGCAGUAAAUGAGAGCACAGUGGGGGUGGGAGGAGACAGUGCCGGGGGACGGAUGGCAGCCAUGGUUUGUCACGAAUUACAUGAAAUAGAUUACCAGGUGCUUGUGUACCCAAGUGUAGACCUAAGAAGAAAUUACAAGUCAGCUGAGGAGUUUGCAGAAAUGCCUGGACUCACGAAAAAGAUGGUUGACUGGUUCAUGGACCAGUACAUAGAUCGUUCAGAAAUGGGCAAUGCUAGGGCUUCACCUCUGCUUCAAACUAACUUUAACACUCUACCACCAGCCUUAGUUAUCAUAGCUGAACUUGAUGCACUGAGGGAUGAGGGUAUUGCAUAUCAUGAGAAACUGAAGGAGGCAGGAGUAAAGUCACAGAUAUUUACUGUUAAAGGAGUCACACAUGGAUUCUUCCACCUACCAGGUCAUUUUGAAGAGUGUUGUCGCAGAGCCCAUGAAAAAGUUUGCAAGUUCAUCAAAGCUCAUUCAUGAAGUUUAGAUGCCUACAGUUUAGAGUGCUUCUUGGUGCAAUGUAACUUUUAUUAGCAGUGACAGAGGCUAGAUUUAGAACAAUUUAUUCAGAUUUUAGAAAUAAACUUAUACUCAGAUUAAUAUCUCGACUUUAGCCUAGAUUACGUUAUGCCUAAUACAAUUAGUGUAUAUUUACUUUGAACUAUUUUGAUAAACAUAUAACAUAGUGUAAAAUAGCUUUGAUAAGAGUUUACUAACCAGUGAUAUUUGUGUAUGUAUUAUAUGAAUCUAAUAUAUCUGUUGUGUAUAUAUGGUUUGUAUAUAUUUCAAUUAGAAAAUUAUAUCUGAAUUUAUUUUGCAUAAAUGUAUUGAAUUUUUCUCAAUUCUGUCUCCGAUCUUUAAGUAAAUAAGUGUCACAUUUUGCCAUGGGCAUGAUAUACUCAAUCUUAGAUGCUUUUAAUCGUAAGCUACCGGUAUUUCUGCUUCAAAAAAAAAGAAAUCAAUGUUUUUCUUGGUUGUUUUUUUCUUUUGUGGUUUAAUAUUUCUAUUGAAAUUUUUUUGGUGUGGUUUUCUUCACAAGAGUUUUUGUUUUGGCUUGUAUUUUUUGGAGUAUCUUUAAAGACAAUCUUUUUUUAUGGAAUACAAUGGCUCAAUGAUUUAUUUAUACA